AACCAACCUCACCCUACGAAAUCACAUACGAAAAUAACCAUGGGCUUCGACUUCACCGUCCUGAAAGGCUCCCCCUCCGGCAUCAAAAAAGCCACCACGCACCGCCCCGACCUCACGCACGACGAUGUGCUCGUGCGCGUCACCCACUCCGGCGUCUGCGGCACAGACCUGCACUACCAAGACGCGGACAUGGCGCUGGGCCACGAAGGCACCGGAGUGGUCGAGCAGGUCGGCCCCGACGUCAAGUUCCUCAAGCAAGGCGACCGCGUGGGCUGGGGCUACGAGCACGACUGCUGCGGGUACUGCUCGCACUGCCUCACGGGGUGGGAGACGAUGUGUCCGGAACGCAAGAUGUACGCGGGGGCCAACACGGACCAGGGCUCGUUUGCCUCGCACGCCGUCUGGCGCGAGGCCUUCCUCUUCAAGAUCCCCGACGCCUUGAGCAAUGAGGACUCGGCGCCGCUGAUGUGCGGCGGCUCGACGGUGUACAACGCGAUGCACGUGGCGGGGGUGACGAGCUCUUCUCGUGUCGGGAUCGUGGGCAUCGGCGGGCUCGGACACCUGGCGAUUCAGUUCGCGGCGAAGAUGGGGUGCCAGGUGGUGGUGUUUUCAGGGACGGAUAGUAAGCGGGAGGAGGCGUUGAAGCUGGGCGCGACGGAGUUCUACGCGACGAAGGGGGCGAAGGAGUUGAAGAUCGGGAACCCGUUGAAUAAUCUGAUCGUGACGACGAGCAGCCAGCCGGAUUGGAACCUGUAUGCGAGUGUGCUGGACAACGGGGCGGUGAUUUCGCCGCUGUCGGUGUCCAUGGACGAGUUCAAGUUCCCCUACAUGACUUUGCUGUCGAAGGGACUGCGUGUGCAGGGCUCUCUCGUGUCGGCGCGCCAGGUCCACCACGAUAUGCUGGCGUUUGCGGCCUUCCAUGGCAUCAAGCCGAUCAAGAUGACGUAUCCGUUGACGGCGGACGGCGCGACCGAGUGUCUGAAGACAUUGAAUGAUGGGAAGAUGAGAUACCGGGGUGUUUUGGUUGCGCAGAAUUAGUUUGGUUGAUUAGCGUUGGUGUUGUGUGGUGUUGUGCGAUGUGUUCUGUUGUAUUCGUGUUGGUGUUGGGACAUGAUGAUUUGGCGAGAUACCAGGAAGUUGUCAGGUGGUGGUGUUAUGGUGCUUGAUUGGAAUGUUGAGAUGCAGAAUAUUAUUUCUUCAGAC